UCUGUUUGUCAUAUUGCGUUGUUGAAGAUAAACAUUGCGAAGGUUCUGAAAAUAAUCAAAGCAUUGGCUUCCGAUAAUCGUGAUAUGUUGGGUUGAUAGACGUACCAAACUCGCAUGAUAAGUGUUUUACCUUUGACCCGAUCGUUCGCACGUGUUUAAGCACACGCAAUAUGUCGUCCGUUCUAACCGAAUUACAAUCGCUGUUCGAACGGUACGUGAAAUGGGUGUCGAGCAAUCCGUCCCAACUGGCCGACGUUGAACUGACGGCCAAGUGGCUUUCGUACUUUCUGGCUGGAAAAAUCAACAAUUCCUCCGCCGUGUCUGAGCUGGUCUAUUCGCUAUCGAACUUGUUGGUGUUUUUCAACGAUCGGAUAAUAGAAAAAGCUAGCAGAAGGGCAACUGAUGCCACGACGGAACCCUUGGAACGACGAGUAAAGGUACUGCUAACAACACUGGAGUACUGUGAAGUGUUUAUCGAACUUUCUGCACAACAAAUUUGGGGUACCAGAGGUCGAUGGCUGUUUAUUGCAAUUAUACAAACCAUAAAAUGUAUAGGUCGCCUUUUCCUAACGUUGUACUGUCGAAAUACCAAAAUUGUACGCAACCCACCGAUACCGUCGUUGAACCGCAAAACGUUAGAGGAGCUACCACAUUCACCCGACAAUGCUUCCUUCCGUGAUAAUCUUGCCAGCGAAAGUUCCGGUAUCGUACUGAAACGUUCUGGGCGCGUAUUGCGAAAGGUCAACUGUUCACCGUCGCUAACAUCGAGAACCUGGAAACCGCCUACGAUCGGUGGAAGCCAACCAAACCAACCGACGGAAUACGGUGGAAAGUUGCUCGUGUCAGCGGAGGCGCUCUAUAUUGCCAAACCACUUAUCCAUCUGGCUUGCAUGAGGAAGUUUGGAACGAAAAGUUGGACAAGCUACCUGCUAGCUCUAGCACUGGACAGUGCAAGCCUUCGCCUGUACUAUAAGAAUCGUGAAGUAUUGUCCAAGGAGCAGCGUGUCGAACUGUCGCGAAGGUGCGUAUCGAUGUUGCUGUACCUGAUGCGAUCACCGUUCUACGAUCGAUACACACACGACAAGAUAGCGAACGUGCUGAAUGGCAUCGGCAACAAUGUGCCACUGACGGGUACGAUUGCACGGCUUAUCCUUUCCUACAUUCCACACUGGCAGGAAACCUAUUUUUAUAUGUGGUCGACUUAAGGAC